CUUAUAUUUCUCAAAAUUCAAUGUUUUUUCCAUCCUUAAUCCACACAACCUAAGUAAAGUAGUCAUUAUUCUUCUAUUAUAUAUUUAGGGACCCAAAUCUAACUUUGUUAACCAAACGUGCUUUCUACCAACUUUAAAGGAAUUCAAAGAUUUUACAAACUAUAUGCCUAUUUCAACAUUCAUCUUACUAUAUAAAAAAUAAGAUCAAAUUAAGGCUCCAUAUCUAACUUCACCUUCCAUUGUUCUAAUAUCUAAUAACCCUCCCACAAAGCUUAUGAGAAAUUAAAUUAAAUGCACCUCACAUUGUUCCUUAUUAUUUUGUUCCUUUCCUUUAGUGUGUGCACUUCUCGCACUCUUGUAGCUGUUGAAGAUCCAUCUAGCACUCAGAUCAACAUUUCUGAAAAGGUGUCAAAGAAUGGGGAAAAAGAACCUUUGACAUCAAAUGGAGCAACAAAAACAGAAGACAUUAAGGUCAAGAACAAUAUUCGACACUUGAAGCAAGAGAAUGCAAGUCAUGUUCCAAAAAAUUCAGGUGUUUCAGUUUAUUGGUCAGUGCCUCAUAGUAAACAGGGUAAAAAUCCAGGAUUUUACUCGGAUUAUUCUAGACCGAAGACACGACCUCCCUCACACAAUUAAUUGAUCUUUUCCGUAUCUUUCUUAUCUACCAUUUUUCUUCCUCUGAAGCUCGAUAUCAGGUUUAAAGACUUAUGAGUUUGGAGGGCUAAUUUCACCGUUCACUAACUAGAGGUUAAUCCAAUUGAAGUCAAAGAAAAGUCAAAUGAUCCAUCUUAUUAUCUAAAUAAGAGCACACUUUGAUGUGUCUCAAGUCUAAACCAUCCAAGAAACCUGGGGUUAAUAUCUAUCAAUUAACAUCUUGAAUCCUCUUAGAUUGUUGUAUAUCUUUAGUUGAUAAUUAGCUCAAAACGGAAAUCUUGA